AUCAAAAAGCAUACAACAGUACAUUCUUUCCUCUCAUUUUUUUCAUCUCCAUCUCUAUUUUUCUUACAUCCACCGACACCUUCUUUUCCUCAUAAACCCACCUCAGAUCUUGUCUAAAUCUCCAUUUUUAAACACCCAAUUUCCCAAAAUUUCAAUACCCAAAUGAAAUCAAGAACCAAACUUUCCAUUUCUGUAUCAAUUUCCUUGUAAAAACUUUCCAAGAUUUGAUUUUUAUCCCUUUUUCACCAUCAAGAUUUGAUUUUUAUUCCAUUUCAGCUUCUGGGUAUUUAAUAAAAGUACAAUGCUAGAUCGGUUCUUGAGUGCUCGUAGAGCAUGGCAAGUAAGGAGAAUUGUAAGAAAUGGAAAGCUUACAUUUUUAUGUUUGUUUCUUACCAUUGUUGUCCUUAGAGGCAAUUUGGGUGCUGGAAAAUUUGGUACACCUGGUCAAGAUUUGAAGGAAAUUCGUGACACAUUUAGCUAUGUUCGAAAGCGCGUGGAGCCCAGACGCGUUCUUGAGGAAGCACAACAGGUAGAUACUGCAACUGAGGGUGGUGGUGGUGCUACAUCAUCAGAUAGUAAUAACUAUGCUACUUUUGAUUUAAAGAAAAUUUUAGUUGAUGAAGAUGAUGGUGAGCCUGAGUUUAAGAGAGAUCCGAAUGAACCUUAUAAUCUUGGUCCUAAAAUAUCAGAUUGGGAUGAGCAAAGAGCUGAGUGGUUGAAAAAGAAUCUUAAUUUUCCUAAUUUUGUAGGACCAAAUAAGCCUAGGGUUUUGUUGGUUACUGGUUCAUCACCUAAACCAUGUGAAAAUCCAAUUGGUGAUCAUUACUUGUUGAAGUCAAUAAAGAACAAGAUUGAUUAUUGUAGGCUUCAUGGGAUUGAGAUUUUUUACAAUAUGGCUUUGCUUGAUGCUGAAAUGUCUGGUUUUUGGGCUAAAUUGCCUUUGCUUAGGAAGCUUUUGCUUUCACAUCCUGAGGUUGAGUUUAUUUGGUGGAUGGAUAGUGAUGCUAUGUUUACUGAUAUGGCUUUUGAGCUGCCUUGGGAAAGGUAUAAAGAUGUUGAUCUUGUUAUGCAUGGAUGGAAUGAUAUGGUUUAUAAUGAGAAGAAUUGGAUUGGUUUGAAUACUGGUAGUUUCUUAUUGAGGAAUACUCAAUGGGCUUUAGAUUUGCUUGAUACUUUGGCACCUAUGGGACCAAAGGGAAAGAUUAGGGAUGAAGCCGGGGCGAUUCUUACUCGGGAGCUUAAAGGUAGACCAGUUUUCGAAGCUGAUGAUCAGUCUGCAAUGGUAUAUAUAUUGGCUACUCAGAAGGAGAAAUGGGGUGAUAAGGUGUAUCUCGAGAGUGCUUAUUACUUGCACGGUUACUGGGGUAUUUUGGUGGAUAAAUAUGAAGAGAUGAUUGAGAAUUACCACCCGGGUCUUGGUGACCAUAGGUGGCCCCUUGUUACUCACUUUGUGGGUUGCAAGCCUUGUGCAAAGUUUGGAGAUUAUUCGGUAGAGAGGUGUUUGAAGCAAAUGGAUCGUGCAUUCAACUUUGGCGACAACCAGAUCCUUCAGAUGUAUGGAUUCACUCAUAAAUCUCUUGGUAGUAGGAGAGUGAAGAGAACACGGAACGAAACAAGCAAUCCGCUUGAAGUGAACGAUGAGCUUGGAUUACUUCACCCACCGUUUAAAGCUGUCAAGGUACCGUCAUCUUCUUGAAUGCACAAGAAAGGGAUGCAUUAAAGUCGAGAUUAGGAUGCCCUUUUACCUUAAAUUUUUGUACCACUUAUUCACGAUAUGUGCCACGAUGUACUUGUUAUUUAGGCCUGUGUUAGAACACUGGUUAUUGUAUUCCUUCAUUUGUCAUAGUGUUCUUGUGACAUAAUCUUUUUUAAGUUAUAUAAAUUUCAAUGGGAGGCAUAAUUGAAUUCAUAUUGUAUA